AUGGCAGUUGACGUGACGGGGACGUUCAAGGAGCACGUUAAGAGGGCCUGUGCGGCGCCCGGCGUGUCGGACGCAGCUCGGAAGGAGGUGGCAAACGCGUUGCUGCUCCGGAAGAGGUCGGUUCGACGCACGCUGUUCGGGUCCAAGGUUGUGGAAGCUUCGAAGCAGUUUCGCGACGCUCGGAAGCUGAUAGACUCCCGGAGAGAUGACUUCAUGCUCCCAGGGCGCCUGCCCGAGGAGGCCAGGGACCAGAUUGAGGAGGAGGUUGGCCUUCUGCUCCGUGCCUUGGGGAAGGGACUCGAGGUGCUGCAGCGCGACGUUGACGUGCCUGGGCUUGAGGCGCCCGACGGCGCGCCGGAGGCAAGGUCGGGACCGAAGUCGAAGAGGCACGUGAUUAGCGCACACGAAAAGGCGCACCGCCAGGGCGUCAUUCUCAUUUUGAGUGAGGAGCUGCGGAGCCUGUCGGCCCUGUUCGACACCUGGCGCGCGCAGCGGAUGCAGCAGAAGAAGUCCUCGAAGCGGCGCGGAGCAGGCGCGAAGUUCGAUGUCAAGCCCUCGGGGGCCAGGUCCGAGCAUGCCAACCAGGAGUUGCAUCUGACCGAGACUCGAGCGCCGGAGAUGCCGGCGGGCAACGACGGCCAGGCGCAGAUGCUCCAGGCGGAGAACGAUCUGCUUGUGGAAGAAAUGCGGGCGCAAGGCGCGCAGAUCGCGCAGGCGGAGGCGUCUCUGAGGGACGUGGCGGCCCUGAGCCAGGCGUUCAGCGAGCAGCUGGUCACCCAGAGCGAGCAGAUCGAGCAGCUGUACUACGAGGCAGUGGCCGCGACGCGCAUGCUCGAGAAGGGCGCGGAGAACCUCGACAAGACGCUCAAGAUCACCAAGCGCGGGACGUGGUGGCUGUUCCUCUUCAUGAUGUUCAUGUCGGCGUUCGUGCUCGCGGCGGACUUUUGGUACUCCUGA